AGGAAGCGACACAGGGGUUGGAACACAUUAAGGUGUUACUGUAUGGAGAAGCCGGGGGUGAUUACGAGACAUUCGAGUCCCUCCUGGAUCCGGGUCACGUCCCGUACCGGACACCGGAAUUGGAUCCGAGGACGUCUGUAGCGGCCCUUAUGUCGUCUUCCGGUACGACGGGAUUCCCUAAGGCGGUCUGUAUUUCACACUACGCUAUUGUCGCCAACACAAUCCAGCAGAUGUGUGCUGGUUUGAACAGCGAUAAGGACACAUUUGUGACGUUUUUCCCGUUUUUCCACGCGCUUGGACUCUACAUAGUGUGUUUCGUCGGCCACUCUCUAGGCGCCCGCAUCGUGAUCAUGCCGCGCUUUGAUUUUGAAACCUUUCUUCGGCUAAUAGAGAAAUAUAAGCCAACAAAUCUGCAACUAGUUCCUCCGAUCAUGGUGCUGUUAGCGAAAAGUCCGAAGGUUUCCGAGUACGACCUAUCGUCUGUGUCCCAGAUAGCGUGCGGAGCUGCGCCACUCAGUAAGGAGAUAGAGGACUUAGUGAAAGAGAAACUAAAACUGCCGUGCAUUUUUCAAGGUUAUGGCAUGACUGAAGUAGGUGUGACCCAUUUGAACGGUCGAGGGGAGUUUCGGUACAAAUCUGUAGGCAAACUGCUUCCCCUCACAGAGAUGAAGAUUGUGGAUGUUGAGACAGGGAAGCCCGUAGGACCAGGACAGGAAGGAGAGAUCUGGAUCCGCGGACCGCAGGUAUGUGGAGGCUACCUGGGGCUUCCCGAGCAGACACGUGAACUCUUCACCAAUGACGGUUGGGUGAAAACCGGUGAUAUCGGGUAUGAGGACGAGGACGGGUACCUGUUUGUGGUGGACAGACUCAAAGAGCUCAUCAAGUACAAAGCCUUCCAGGUCGCCCCGGCAAUCCUUGAAGAUAUCCUGCUACGCCAUGACGCAAUCGCUGACGUAGCGCGUCGGGAUGCCGGAUGUGGAGGCAGGUGA